GUAUACGCGCCUUAACUGUUUGCUGUUCCCCAUUCCGUCUACGUCUUGCUGAUUACUUUAGCCGGAAAAAUGUCGGACGAGGUAGCAAAAGCGCAGGCAGCCGAUGCCGCCGCAAACGAUACCAUUUUCGGUAAAAUCCUCCGCAAGGAAAUCCCGGCUAAAUUCAUCUACGAAGAUGAUAAGUGCGUUGCAUUUAACGAUGUGAAUCCGCAAGCGCCAGUGCACUUUCUCGUAAUUCCUCGCAAACCCAUUGCCCAGCUGUCGAAGGCGUCGGAAGAGGACGAGGCACUGCUCGGACAUCUGAUGCUGGUCGGUAAGAAGGUGGCAGCGGAACAAGGACUGGAGGAAGGCUACCGUGUCGUUAUCAACGACGGUAAGAACGGUGCUCAGUCGGUGUAUCACCUUCACCUGCAUUUCCUCGGCGGACGUCAGAUGCAGUGGCCACCGGGAUAAAGUGAUGUAGCGACGCUGUUGCUUUCAACGAUACAGUUACAUCGGAUGCAUUAAUAAAAAAGACAACGGAACGUUACGCUUAAA